GGGGCUCUUUUGCAAGCAACGCCUAGAUUAUCGCCUGUUUUGGAAUACCCCACCCAGGUUUCUUCGGUGGCGAGCGUGGCCCCCCGGUCGAAGGACUAGGGUAUCAUACAUGCAUCCCACGUCGUCACCUGUUGGCCGCCACAUUCGCACCAGCGUAUCCGCGCGAGUUGAAAUCCCUAAUCACAUGAGUUAAUGAGUUUUUGGUGGGAAGAUAAAAGAAGAGCGAGAGGGUUUUGGGAGAUGGAAAAAGUUCGAACCUUUUCACAGCUCUUUAAAACCGGCUCCCGUGUUUUCCGUUUCUGAGAAGAAGGUAGAGAAGAUGGGGAAACGAGGACAGAGAAAGGCAAAUGGCGAAAGGGAAGAAACCCUUCCCAACGUUCUGGAGACUACCCGCAUUCAAAUCACUAAACGUCUCGAAGAGUUCCGAGCAGGCGAUGCGGAAGUCUAUACCUUUGAACCCAACUUGACUAAUCCUGAACGGGCCGUGGUGCAUGAGCUGUGCAGGAAAAUGGGUAUGGUAUCAAAAAGUUCGGGGCGUGGAAAACAGAGGUGUGUUUCUGUUUAUAAAAGUAAAAAGAAGCAGGUAUCUGUUGUGAAGGGGAAAGAAAAUGUUACUUGUUUGACAUUUUCAGAAGAAACGAAAGAUGUUUUAAGGGACUUAUUUACAAACUAUCCUCCUGAUGAUGGGGAGCUGAAUGAGGAAACACCGAUGAAUUAUAGUGGGAAUGACAAUAAGGGACAGGGGAAGCAAGAUUCUAGCUUUUGCAGACCUUCAAUGGGCAAGGCUGAGAUUGCCAAGAAAGUUGAUUUGCUUGCUUCUAGAAUAAAUGAGGCUCCACACUUAAGAAAGAUUAUUGAAGAUAGAUCUAAGCUUCCAAUUGUGUCCUUCAAGGAUGUCAUUACAUCCACAUUAGAAUCACACCAGGUGGUGCUGGUAUCUGGUGAGACUGGUUGCGGGAAAACAACUCAGGUACCUCAAUUUCUGUUGGACCAUAUGUGGGGUAAGGGUGAGACAUGUAAGGUUGUAUGCACACAGCCUCGGCGUAUAUCAGCUAUAUCAGUUGCUGAGAGAAUCUCAUAUGAAAGAGGAGAAGAUGUUGGAGAUAGUGUUGGAUACAAGAUACGCUUGGAGUCGAAAGGCGGGAAAAACUCUUCUAUAGUGUUUUGUACUAAUGGGAUUCUUUUGAGGAUGCUGAUUGGCAUGGGUGCUGGUACAUCGAACAAAGAAGUUGCAAAUGAAUCCUUGAAGGAUGUUUUUGAAAUAACCCAUAUUAUUGUGGAUGAAAUUCAUGAAAGGGAUCGCUUUGCUGAUUUUAUGCUUGCAAUUCUCAGAGACUUGCUUCCAUUUUGUCCUCAUCUACGUCUGAUCCUUAUGAGUGCUACUAUCAACGCUGAGCGGUUUUCUCAAUAUUUUGGCAGCUGCCCUAUUAUUCGGGUCCCCGGCUUCACUUAUCCUGUCAAGACUUUCUAUUUGGAGGAUGUGCUUUCUAUCCUGGGAUUAACGGAGGGCAAUCAUCUCGAUCCCUCUGUCUUGGGUGAUGCUGAUGAUGUCGAUCUCUUAACGGAUGAGUACAGAACUGCCUUGGAUGAAUCUAUUGACUUGGCAUUGUCCAGUGAUGAGUUUGAUCUCCUGCUAGAAUUAGUUUCUACUUCUGCAACUCCAAAAAUCUAUAAUUACCAGCACUCAUUGACGGGUGCGUCGCCAUUGAUGGUUUUUGCCAGAAAAGGUCGAAUUGGUGAUGUUUGUAGGCUCCUGUCACUUGGUGCGGACUGCUAUCUAUGUGCUAAAGAUGGAAGCACUGCAUUGCAUUGGGCCCAACAAGAAAAUCAGGAUGAAGUUGUGGAUAUUUUAAAAAAGCACAUGGAGAAUGAUAUUUCAAGGUCAGCCGAAGUGCAACAGCUACUUGAAAAAUAUCUAGCUAGUGUCAAUCCAGAACAUAUUGAUACUGUUCUAAUCGAGCGAUUGUUGAGGAAAAUAUGUAUUGAUUCAAAGGAAGGUGCAAUUCUUGUUUUUCUGCCAGGAUGGGAUGAUAUAAAUCAAACCCGUGAAAGAUUACUUGCUUCACCGUUUUUUAAAGAUUCUUCCAAGUUUCUUAUCAUAUCUCUUCACUCCAUGAUUCCAUCCGUGGAGCAGAAAAAGGUUUUUAGACGGCCGCCUGCUGGUACCCGUAAAAUAAUCCUCUCGACUAACAUUGCCGAGACUGCAGUUACGAUUGACGAUGUAGUUUACGUUAUAGACAGUGGCCGAAUGAAAGAGAAAAGUUAUGAUCCUUAUAACAAUGUAUCAACACUCCAUUCUGCUUGGGUUUCAAAAGCUAGUGCAAAACAGCGGCAGGGUCGUGCUGGCCGUUGCCAACCAGGAAUUUGUUACCAUCUUUAUUCCAAAACUCGUGCGGCGUCUCUUCCUGAUUUCCAAGUUCCUGAAAUCAAGCGGAUACCAAUUGAGGAUCUCUGUUUGCAGGUGAAGAUGCUCAAUCCACAUUGUAAAAUAGUUGAUUUUAUACAGAAGACUUUGGACCCACCAGUUUUUGAAACUAUACGCAAUGCAGUCAUAGUCCUUCAAGAUAUUGGGGCCUUGACACAUGAUGAAAAGCUCACAGAACUUGGCAAAAAACUGGGAUCUCUACCUGUACAUCCUUCAACCAGCAAAAUGCUGUUUUUUGCCAUCUUGAUGAACUGCCUCGACCCUGCACUGACUUUAGCAUGUGCUUCUGACUAUCGAGAUCCCUUUCUUCUUCCAAUGGCCCCAGACGAGAAAAAGAGAGCCACAGCAGCCAAGCUCGAGCUUUCCUCAUUGUAUGGUGGGCACAGCGAUCAGCUAACCAUCAUAGCAGCAUUCGAGUGCUGGAGAUGUGCAAAGAAUAAAGGUCAAGAAGCCCAAUUCUGUUCUCGAUAUUUUGUCUCCUCAAGCACCAUGAACAUGUUAUUCAGCAUGCGGAAGCAGCUUCAGAGUGAACUGGCUAAGAAUGGGUUUAUUCCUGAAGAUGCAUCCAAGUGUAGCCUGAAUGCUCAAGACCCGGGUAUCCUUCAUGCAGUCCUCGUGGCUGGCACUUAUCCGAUGGUUGGAAGAUUGCUUCCGCCUCGUAGAAACAAUCAAAGAGCUGUUGUGGAGACUGCCAGUGGUGCUAAAGUUCGCUUGCAUCCUCAUUCCUCUAAUUUUAAGUUAUCGUUUAGUAAAUCUAUUCAUCAUCGCCCCCUUAUCAUUUACGAUGAGAUAACACGUGGGGAUGGGGGUAUGUACAUAAAAAAAUGUACGGUUGUUGGGCCAUAUCCGUUAUUGUUGCUCGCAACGGAGAUGGUUGUGGCUCCUGCACAUGAUAGUGAUGAUGGGAGUGAUGAUGAUGCAGAAGAUUCUGGCAGUGAGGAUGAUGAGAUGGAGAUGCAAGCCUCAUCAUCAGGACAACAAGGAGAAAGAAUCAUGUCCUCACCUGAGAAUACUGUUUCGGUGGUUGUUGAUCGAUGGCUUUCAUUCGAGUCCACAGCACUUGAUGUCGCUCAGAUUUACUGCCUGAGAGAGCGAUUAUCUGCGGCAAUCUUGUUCAAAGUAAAACAUCCACGGAAAGUUCUACCUCCAGCUCUCGGGGCAUCUAUUUAUGCCAUUGCCUGCAUUCUCUCUUAUGACGGGCUCUCUGGAAUAUCACCAGCCAUGGAAUCUGUUGAUUCGCUGACGUCAAUGGUGAAUGCAGCUGGAUUAGAUAAAACAGCCUCAGGAAAGCAGUUUCGACCUCCAGUCGCUGGAGGGAGGAGAGGGAUGGGACAGAAUCCUAGCAAUCCAAGUGGUUUUCUGAAAUCACUGAUAAGUGACAUGCAUAUUCGCUCUCCUUCCAAUUUACACAAGUCUAAGAUGCCACAAUCUAACAGUAUGCAUUGGAAUGACCCAUCAACUGAUAACAAUUUCCCAUCGUUGACACCACUUGGUAAGCACCACACACCUCAGAGGACUCCUUUCCAAGGGCCAUCUUCUAGUGGGGCCACGUCAAGGAAUGGGUCCUUUAAACGGCCCCGCGGAAGUGGACCCCGUUAAAUGCAAUAAUAGUUUUGAUUUUAAGGUGUUGGAACGUUGAAAAUCAGCUUUAGAUUCAAAUACAAGUGCAUGGAAAUUAUGAGAUAGGUGAGGAUGGACCAAUUGUCUCCAUGAAUACAGAAAUUAGAUGGUCUGCCACAUCCAUUCAUCUUCCGUACAAGGCACUCGUUGGGUUGAAUACUUGUUUUUAAAGGUGGGGAAGGUCCAAGUGUAUAACAUGGCUCAAUGUGAAAUGCCGAUGGAUGUUUCAUGCCAAUUCUAAUACUAUUUUGGGUAAGCUUUAUUUC